AACAUGGCGGCGCAGUGCUGAGGUAGCAGUGCUCGCCAAUUUAGAGCCACCGAUCCUCCUUGCCGUCGGCCCUCAGUUUCCACCUCUUUCUAACAUUGACAUAUAGAUCUCGGGGCUGCAUCGACGAUGACGGUCUGAUAGAGACCAUCGCUCGGCGAGAGAUGCUAGAGCAGCGAGCUGCGUCGGAGAGCACGAAGACGAAGAGCAUGUUCGUGUCCCGCGCGCUGGAGAAGAUCCUGUCCGACAGGGAGGUGAAGCGCAGUCAGCACGCGCGGCUGCGCACGGCCUGCCAGGUGGCGCUCGAUGAAAUUAAAACUGAACUGGAAAAGCAGAAAGAUGGCACUGUUAUUCCACCCAGAGCCAACUACAUUGAGGCGGAUAAGUACGUGCUCCCCUUCGAGCUGGCCUGUCAGUCUAAGUCCCCACGCAUCGUUAGCACCUCCCUGGACUGUUUACAGAAGCUCAUCGCUUAUGGACACAUCACGGGCAACGCGCCUGACAGCAGCGCUCCAGGCAAGCGGCUCAUUGACCGUCUGGUGGAGACCAUCUGUAACUGUUUCCAGGGGCCACAGACUGAUGAGGGGGUGCAGCUGCAGAUUAUCAAGGCCCUCCUGACGGCAGUAACAUCUCCUCACAUCGAGAUUCAUGAGGGCACGGUGUUGCUCACGGUGCGCACCUGUUAUAACAUCUACUUGGCCAGCCGCAACCUCAUCAACCAGACCACAGCCAAAGCCACGCUCACACAAAUGCUCAAUGUUAUCUUCACCCGCAUGGAGACGCAGGCGGUUUUAGAGGCCCGGGAGAUGGAGAAGGAAAGGCAAAGGCUGCGCCAACACCCUUCUUCUAUCCCAGGACACCUGUCUGCCACCACUACACCUAGCCAUUCCAGGGACCAGAACAGGUCUCCCUCACCUGUCAUCCGACCGUCCGAACAGAGCAGCGCACCCCAAGUCUCAGGUGAAACAACAUCCCUUGAUGGCCACCUUCAGACUCAUGGAGCUGAGGAGGAUGAAGCUGCUGUGACAUGUCACCAGAAUGCUACCCCUCCUCCAGAAGUGCAGGAGGUGGUUCCACCCAGGAAUGAGCUGGAUGUUACAGAAACAUACCAUGAGUCAGAACCACAUCAGAAACCAGGAGUAAUGGUGGAAGACAAUCCAGAGAUGGAGGACAGUUCAGAGCCAGAUGCUGAGCCAGAUCCUGAGCACCUCCCCCACAUUGAAUGCGAGCAGUCCGAGCUGGAGCUGGGUCCCUCUCCUGGUGGCACCGAGGCCCAGCAGAUGAAUGGCCUGGUGGAAGACCACACCUCUGUAUCCUCCACAGACAUCCUGGAUGGUGAGGUGACGCAGGGCGCCCCAACCAUCACCCGCUUCUCCCACAUCCUGCAGAAAGACGCCUUCCUGGUGUUCCGCACCCUGUGCAAGCUGUCCAUGAGGCCGCUAGCAGAUGGUCCUCCAGACCCUAAGUCCCAUGAGCUCCGCUCCAAGGUGGUUUCCUUGCAGCUGCUGCUGUCAGUGUUGCAGAGUGCUGGACCUGUCUUCCGCACGCACGACAUGUUCAUCAAUGCCAUCAAGCAGUACCUGUGUGUGGCACUGUCCAAGAAUGGCGUAUCCUCCGUGCCCGAGGUCUUCGAGCUUUCGCUCGCCAUCUUUCUCACUCUGCUUUCACACUUUAAGGUUCAUCUGAAGAUGCAAAUCGAGGUGUUCUUCAGAGAGAUUUUUCUGACUAUCUUGGAGACGUCUUCCAGCUCCUUUGAGCACAAGUGGAUGGUGAUUCAGACUCUCACCCGGAUCUGUGCAGAUGCUCAGUGUGUUGUGGAUAUCUAUGUCAACUAUGACUGUGACCUGAAUGCGGCCAACAUUUUUGAGCGGCUGGUCAAUGACCUGUCCAAGAUUGCCCAGGGCAGAAGUGGCCAAGAACUGGGAAUGACCCCUUUACAGGAGCUGAGCUUGCGUAAGAAGGGGCUUGAAUGUUUGGUGUCCAUCCUGAAGUGCAUGGUGGAGUGGAGCAAGGACCUAUAUGUCAACCCCAAUCUGCAGACCAACCUUGGCCAGGAACGUCCAGCAGAGGGGGAGAGUGCAGAUGGUAAACUUCCAGACAACCUGGCUACUCGUAGGGACAGUGCCAGUUCCCCAGACUCCGUGGUAUCCUCAGGGGUGCAGGUUUCACACCCAGACCACCCAGUGCAGUAUGAAGUCAUCAAGCAGCAGAAGGAGAUCAUAGAGCAUGGCAUUGAGCUAUUCAACAAGAAGCCAAAGCGAGGCAUUCAGUACCUCCAGGAGCAAGGUAUGCUGGGAACCACCACAGAGGACAUUGCACGGUUCCUCCACCAGGAGGAGCGGCUUGAUACUACUCAAGUGGGCGAGUUUCUGGGAGAGAAUGCACGCUUCAACAAGGAGGUGAUGUACUGCUACGUGGACCAGCUGGACUUCUGUGGGCGAGACUUUGUUUCUGCUCUCCGGGCCUUUCUGGAGGGUUUCCGGCUCCCAGGCGAAGCUCAGAAGAUUGAUAGGCUGAUGGAGAAGUUUGCAGCUAGAUACCUCGAGUGCAACCAGGGGCAGACGCUCUUCGCCAGUGCAGACACAGCCUACGUGUUGGCUUACUCAAUCAUCAUGCUGACCACAGACUUGCACAGUCCUCAGGUGAAGAACAAGAUGACAAAGGAGCAAUACAUCAAAAUGAACCGUGGGAUCAAUGACAGCAAGGACCUGCCUGAGGAGUACCUGUCUGCCAUCUAUGACGAGAUUGCAGGAAAGAAGAUUUCCAUGAAGGAGAGCAAAGAGUAUACCAUCACUCCCAAAUCUAACAAGCAGAGUGUGGCCAACGAGAAGCAAAGGAGGCUGCUUUACAACAUGGAGAUGGAGCAGAUGGCAAAGACAGCCAAGGCUCUGAUGGAAGCAGUCAGCCAUGCCCAGGCACCGUUCUUCAGUGCCACCCACUUGGAGCAUGUGAGGCCGAUGUUCAAGUUGGCCUGGACACCUCUGCUGGCUGCCUUCAGUGUGGGCCUGCAGGACUGCGAUGACCAGGAUGUGGCAUCUCUGUGCCUAGAGGGCAUUCGUUGUGCGAUUAGAAUUGCCUGCAUCUUCCACAUGCAGCUUGAGAGGGACGCGUAUGUCCAAGCCCUCGCGCGUUUCACGCUGCUGACUGCCAGUUCCAGCAUCACAGAGAUGAAGCAGAAGAACAUUGACACUAUCAAGACGCUGAUCACCGUGGCCCACACUGAUGGCAACUACUUGGGCAACUCCUGGCAUGAGAUCUUGCGCUGCAUCAGCCAACUGGAGCUGGCACAACUGAUAGGCACGGGGGUGAAAACCCGCUAUAUCUCAGGCAUGGUCCGUGACCAGGAAGGGGCCAUCAAGGGAUUUCCCCCUGGAGGCGAGGAGUUUAUGCCUCUGGGUUUAGGGACCUUUGUUGGAGGACAAGACAGGCGCCAGAUGGCCCAAAUCCAGGAGUCUGUUGGAGAGACCAGUUCUCAGAGUGUUGUGGUGGCUGUGGACCGAAUCUUCACUGGCUCUACACGACUGGAUGGGUAUGCCAUAGUGGACUUUGUGCGAUGGCUUUGUGCGGUGUCCAUGGACGAGCUGGCAUCCCCACACCAGCCCCGGAUGUUUAGCCUGCAGAAGAUUGUGGAGAUCUCCUAUUACAACAUGAACCGAAUCCGACUGCAGUGGUCCCGCAUCUGGCAGGUCAUCGGAGACCACUUCAACAAGGUGGGCUGUAACCCCAAUGAGGAUGUGGCCAUCUUUGCUGUGGAUUCCCUACGGCAACUGUCCAUGAAAUUUUUGGAAAAAGGAGAGCUGGCCAACUUUCGCUUCCAGAAGGACUUCCUGCGGCCUUUCGAGCACAUCAUGAAGAAAAACAGGUCACCCACCAUCCGUGACAUGGUCAUUCGCUGUGUGGCCCAGAUGGUGAACUCCCAAGCAGCCAACAUUCGUUCUGGAUGGAAGAACAUCUUCUCCGUUUUCCACCAGGCCGCCUCAGACCAUGACGAAACCAUUGUGGAGCUGGCCUUCCAGACCACAGGCCAUAUCGUCAUGCACACCUUCCAGGAGCAUUUUGCUGCUGCCAUUGACUCCUUUCAGGAUGCAGUUAAGUGUCUGUCUGAAUUCGUGUGCAAUGCGGCCUUUCCUGACACCAGCAUGGAGGCCAUCCGCCUCAUACGCCACUGCGCCAGAUACGUGUCCGACAGGCCUCAGGCCCUUCGGGAAUACACAAGUGAUGACAUGAAUGUGGCCCCAGGUGACCGGGUGUGGGUUCGAGGCUGGUUUCCAAUUCUCUUUGAGUUGUCCUGCAUCAUCAACCGCUGCAAGUUGGAUGUGCGCACAAGAGGUCUCACGGUGAUGUUUGAGAUAAUGAAAAGCUACGGACACACCUUCGAGAAACACUGGUGGCAUGACCUGUUCCGCAUCAUCUUCCGUAUCUUCGAUAAUAUGAAGCUUCCCGAGCAGCAGACUGAGAAAACGGAAUGGAUGACCACAACCUGCAACCAUGCGCUGUAUGCCAUCUGCGACGUGUUCACGCAUUUUUAUGAGCCCCUUAGUGAGGUCCUGUUGGCCGACAUUCUUGCCCAGCUGCAGUGGUGUGUCCAACAAGAUAAUGAGCAACUGGCACGGUCCGGCAUAAACUGCCUGGACAACCUGGUCAUCCUGAAUGGGGAGAAGUUCAGCCAGGACGUUUGGGACCUCACUUGUGCCUGCAUGCUGGAGAUUUUCCAGUCGACAAGUCCGCUAGCGCUUUUGACGUGGCGACCUGCUGGUCAGGAGGAUGAGACUGGAGACUGUAAACACAUGGAUGUGGAGCUGGACUCUCAGUCCCAGAGCAGCUUUGAGAGGACUCUGUCAGAGCGAGGACACAGCCAGAUAUCCACAGCCAGCGAUGACACCUGGAAAGGGAAAUCACAUGCCAAAAUAUCGGACCAGAAGCUGUUCUCCUGUCUACUGAUCAAGUGCGUGGUUCAGCUGGAGUUGAUCCAGACCAUCGAUAACAUUGUCUUUUACCCUGCAACCAGCAAGAAGGAGGAUGCUGAAAAUAUGGCUGCUGCUCAGAGAGAUGCCCUGGAGGAGGGUAAUAUUGAGGGUGUGGAGGGCUCGGACCCUGCACAGGAGCAGGGCAUGUACAGAUACCUCUCGCCGCAGCACUUAUUCAAACUGCUGGACUGCCUGCUGCAGUCACACACCUUUGCUAGAGACUUCAAUUCCAAUAAUGAGCAGCGAACAGCACUCUGGAGAGCAGGGUUCAAGGGGAAAUCAAAGCCCAAUUUGCUGAAGCAGGAGACCAGCAGCCUGGCCUGCAGCCUACGCAUCCUUUUUCGAAUGUACUCCGACCCGAGGCUCCAGCACGCGUGGCCGGACAUCCAGACCCGGCUGCUGCUUGUGUGCAGCGAAGCGCUGGCGUACUUCAUCACUCUGACGUCAGAGAGCCACCGCGAGGCAUGGACCAGCCUGCUGCUCCUGCUUCUCACCAGGACGUUGAGACUCUCUGAUGAAAAGUUUAAACCCCAUGCUUCCUGUUACUACCCCCACCUGUGCGAGAUGAUGCAGUUUGACCUAAUCCCGGAGCUCCGUGCUGUCCUGCGCCGUUUCUUCCUACGCAUCGGCUCAGUCUUCCAAAUUGCCAGCUCGGAGGGUGGUCAACUGCGGCCCUAGCUUGAUGUUGGGUUGGGGGUCAGGGGGUGCUGGGAGGACUGCUCAGGUAGGCCGGUUUGUGUUGGUGGGCAGAGCACAACAUCCCCCCUGGUCUGCUGGACUAUAAAGGGUGCUGGGCACAGGCAGAAAUGGACAUCCUCCACGCUAAUCUCUCCAUGCCCGCCUCCAUUCGAGGACCCAGACAGAAACGCACUGUGACGGGCAGCAGAUUACUGUUUUGAAACACUCAACUCUAAAGUCAGAUAAGAUAUAAAUAAGUAAUUUAUUAUCAAUGUUUGAUUUGUUGAUUUGUGUCAUUGUUUUUACAGCUGAACAAAUAAGUAUACUGAAAUAUGUGGGGGAAAAGACAAUUAUAAAUGGGGAAAAAUUAGUGUAUCCUCUGAAUAUCCUGAGACUUUGUUGCCUAGUAAGCUCAAGAUGACUGAGGAGGUUUGUGUUUGAACACCUAUGCCUAUAACUUAACUUAUAUAUCCCAGUUAUCCAGUUCUGGCCAUAAUCUCAAAAGAUGGUGGUCAGAAUCCUUUAUCUGUUUUAAGCAAAGAUGAAAAGGAAUGUUUUUGCAUAUUGCAGAGCAACCAAUGCAGACACUGUUCUCCUCUUGCAGAAUAGUGACAGUGACAUGCCUGGUUUUAGUUCUCUCUCUGUAUCCUGACAAUUUCAAUGUUUGUUUAAUGGAUCACACUGCAGAUGUGAGCUUGCUAAAUCAUCCGGGAGAACAAACUAUAGCUUUAUAACCCCCAUACAGUGGAUUCCACUGUUUUUGUAGCAUCAGCUACUUGUGUGUCAUCCCAAAAGCCAUAGUCUUGAGUUUUUCCCCUCCAGAGCUACACUGCUGUUUGUGAGACCCACAUACUUGAGACAGAUGUCCAUUUGGUUGAUAAAAGUGUGAGGUAGGGUUUUAAAAGGGGAGGGACAUAGCAGGGGUGGCGGAAACUACAGUUAUAUGUUCACUAGAGACACUGAGGUCACCCCCCUCGUAAUCGAGAUCAGAAUAUAACUUUCAGAUAUGCUUUAAGAAAAGCAGCCAACUGUCACUGUUAGCAAAACUUUGUUCCUAGCAAUAUAGUGAAGAGCCUGUGCUUUUAAAAUGUUUGCAGAUGUUGCUCUUGACACAAUUUACUACCCCAGUUUGUUAAUCUAUGUUUGUGAUACAACUCUGAACUGCUAGUUUCGCUAGUAAUUGCUAGUAUUUUUCAUCUGUGCGCAGGCUGGACCUUUGGAGGAAACACGGGAGAGUUAUUCUCAGUGUGCUCCAAACUGUCAGUUCCAACACAGCAACAUUGGGGUUGGUUCUUUGGAAAAUGCACAAUGGGGAACUUUGAACUGAAAACUGAGGUUUUAAUGUCUGCAUCUUAUUUUUAAAAGCUGGGUUCAGAAUAUUUCGUAAAAAGUUUAAAUGCCAAUAUUUGUAGAUUUUCCAGACUGAAAUUGAGGCAUGAGGCAGAGUAACUUCCCCCCCCCCCCCUCCUUUUUUUUUUUUUAAUAUAUAUUGUCCUUUAUUUCUGCAUUCCCCUUGCCUUGUUUGAGAGCUGAAUAAAUCUUGUCAUUGUCCUGCAGGACUUGUGGAAUAUGCUGAAUUUUAAAAUGGACAAAGGAUGAUUUGUAGAAGGCAUUCAGUUGCGUUGGCCGCGCAGAGUGUCUAGCGCCUUCUUUCAUUCUUCCUUUCCGUCACGCGGCAAACCCGGUCAGUUCCACUAAUUAAAAGCAUUAAGUGGCCCUAAAUUAUGGCACAGACAAUUGGUAUGAUAGCUCUUUGCCCAGAGCAAGUAUUUCAACAUGCAUUACUUUUUUUCUUUUUCUUUUUUUGGUAAAUCUGGAAUACAAUAAACCGGUCAGAUAUUCAUCUGCAAAUGCUACACCUUUAGUGUCGUCCAGGACAGUUAACCCACAAUCCCUUGCAUUUUUAAGGAUGUAUGUAAUAUGAAGUGCAUUCUAUUUUGAAAAGCAUUCCUUUCCUUGCAGCUGUGGAUGUCCACUUUUUCUUCAAGAAAAGGGGUAUUAUAAAUAUAUAUAUAUACAUAUAUAUACACAGUAUAUGGAGAAAAUAACUGUAAAGUUUUCUUGUAAAAUAGUUAAAAUAUGAUACUAUAGAUACAGUGAUGUAAUCGGUCAGGCAUUUGGUCAAGUACUCAAAUAAAGUUUCAAUUCUGACCCUUUCUUGUUUUUGUAGUGCAUUUCCAUCUGUUUUUAAAAUAGUUAUUGGAUUGGAUUGCGACACCCGUCUGAAGUCUGCUCUCUUCCCAGAUGCCCGGUAUAGUGGUGGUGUUUUCGCCACUGUUUCCAGUUCCUUAGAGAGGAAGCGGGACCAGUGUCGCUCGUGGUGGAAACAGCCUGACGCCCUUAUUUCAGCGCUGGAGCUAAAAUGGCGAAUAAGGAUUCCGGAAUUUUGGGAUCACUUGUAGCUCUGACGUCAGCCACCGGGCGGCGCUAUACUUGCAAAAUUAUAAUAGCGUUUAUAUGGCGUAACAAAGGUUACCAUAGAAACGUCUUUUGCGUUUUUUUCCCCUCCUUUUUCUUUUCUUUUUUUUUUUUUUUUUUUUUUUGUUUGCGGUGAAUUCUUGGUAUUUGGCAUAUGUGCUCAUCUAAGAAAGGCGCAGUUUGAGGUGCUCCACAGAAGCCCGGUGAGUGAGCACACAGCUGAGAGGGGUGUGAGCCCUUGCAGCAGCAGCCCCCAGCUACCGACCGACGUCCAGGUUCGCAGUCCGGCACGUGAGGGAGGA